AUGUCCUUCUCGCAACUAGAUCUACAUGAAGGCCUCCGAACCCUCUCGGUUUUACAGUGGAUUCCAGUCUAUAUAUUUUUAGGAGCUAUUCCCAUCUUCCUUGGACCCUACUUGCUGGUGUUCAGUAAUUUAUGGCCCUUAACUGUGCUCACCUUAGCCUGGCUUGCCUAUGACUGGAACACCCACAGUCAAGAUGGUAGGCGUUCAGCUUGGGUACGAAACUGGACCCUCUGGAAGUAUUUCCAAAAUUACUUCCCUAUAAAGCUGGUGACCCAUGACCUUUCUCCCAAACACAACUACAUCAUUAUCAACCAUCCCCAUGGCAUUUUCUCUCUUGGUACCUUCAUCAACUUUGCUACUGAGGCCACUGGCUUUUCUAGGAUUUUCCCAUCCAUCACUCCCUUUUUAGCGACCUUGGAACACGUCUUCUGGAUCCCAAUUGUGCAAGAAUAUGUGAUGUCAAUGGGUGUAUGUCCAGUGAGUGAAUUGGCUCUGAAGCACAAGCUGACUCAGAGAGGCUCAGGCAAUGCUGUGAUCAUUGUGGUGGGUGGAGCUUCUGAAGCCCUCUUGUGUCACCCAGGAGCCUCCACACUCUGCCUCAAAAGUAGUAAAGGUUUUGUGAAGCUAGCACUGAAGACAGGGGCAUACCUUGUUCCAUCCUACUCCUUUGGUGAAAAUGAGGUGUACAAUCAAGAGACCUUCCCUGAGGGCACGUGGCUAAGAUUCUUCCAAAAAAAUGGCCAGAAAAUUGGCAAAAAACUCCUAGGCCUAAAUUUCUGUACCUUUCAUGGCCGGGGCCUCACUCGGGGAUCCUGGGGCUUUUUACCUUUCAAUCAGCCCAUUACCACCAUUGUUGGAGAACCCCUGCCAGUCCCCAAGAUCAAUAAUCCUAGCAAGGAAACGGUGGGAAAGUACCUUGCACUCUACAUCAAUGCUCUGUGCAAGCUGUUUGACCAACACAAAGCUAAAUAUGGCCUCUCAGAGACCCAGGAGCUAACAAUUGUAUAAUAUGAGCAAAAUUCUCUGUAACCAAACCCCAAAUCCAUAAGGAAUCCAAGUGAAGCAAUAGGGAAGGAAGAAUGUGGGGAAAGGGGUAGAUUUCAAAGAUGUAAGCGGAUGCCAACUAAGCCAGAAGUACUUCAUGAACUGGAAUUCCAGUAGCUGCAGUCCUACCCAGGUAGCCAAAGCAAGUUUGGGAACUGGAGGCACAGGAGAGAACUGGUGAAGCCUGACUAACAGAGGAGAUAACUCUGUCACACCUUGCUAUUUUAGGACAAUAAUCCAGGGUUAUUGUCCCUGGAUUAGGAAGAGUCUUGUCAGUCUCAUCAACUCUCUGAUCAAAGUAUAAGAAGCCAACAAACUCUGCCCCUUCCUCACAAGCCUCAGUGGCAUUAUUACUAUUUAGGUUCAGGCUUAGAAGCUUUACUUAGAAUAGGACUGCUUUGUUUCCUCCAAGGUAAGGCCCUUUCCUUACAAUUUGAGGACUGCCAGAAGGUAAACUGGGGGCCUGAACUGUGGCUUCCUAAGCCAAACUGCCCAAAUUCCUUCACUUAUGACAGAGUUCAGACUGGCAAUGCAUUAACAUUGUUUUAUCUACAAAA